AUGAGCAAACUUCGACCUUUACCCAACACCGAAUUAUCAGAAUAUUGCCUGAAUAUUCUGGCCAAACAUGAUAUCCACAGUGUGGGAGAAUUCAUCAAGGAGACAACAGAAAAAUUAAUGAAAAUACUUAAUCUAAAUGCGGGACAAAUUCAAAAAAUUAAAUCAGAACUAAAACGUAUUUAUGGUCCGGUUCGUGUAAACUUGGCGGCAAAAUUUAGAAAUGCUGAUGAAGAUCUACGUGAUAGCGAAUGUGUUGCAAGUUUUUCGUUGUACGAUGAGAAACAGGCAUUGACAAUGAAAUCAAAUAGUAAAUGUUAUUAUACCCUUAUCGGACCAUUGGAUGAUUUGUUGGCACCCAUGGCGAUUGUACGUAAUUCUGAAGGAAAUCGUACAUAUUCCCUCGGCCCUAGUAACUUAACAAGUAAAAUGAUGUGGGAAAUAUGUGGCCCAACAAGUGUGGGAAAGACCCAACUGGCGCUGACAAUAAUGUGUAAUUUUAUACAAUUACAUCAACGUGAGGUGUUGUAUGUGGAUACCAAGAUGGAUUUUUGUGCAACACGUGUGAAAAAUAUUCUAACUUCACGACAAUUGAAAAAGGAUGUGAUUGCUGGUACACUGGAGGCCAUUAAAGUGGAGAGGGUGCUAUCCGCUCAGGGUUUGGUGGAAAUGUUAAAUAUUCUCUACUUAGAGUUACGAAAUGGCAGCGAUUGUGUUAAGAAUAUCAGGUUGAUUGUAAUUGAUUCUUUGCCUGCGGUUUGGUUUCUACUCAAAUCGGAUGUAAAUCGUUUGGCUGGAAAAUGUCUAUUGUCCCGAUUGGUUCAAAUAUUAUAUCGUAUUUGUGAUGAAUUUCAAAUUGGCGUCAUAUGUGUUAACCUUUCGAUUAUACCUCAAGCUUUGGAGGAACAACAAAAACAACAACGUUUAGGUUCUCUGGUUCCAAAAAACGAACACGAUAUUUCGGAUAUACUUGAGGAUGAUGAUAUUGAUAUGGAACAACCAAAACAAUUAGCUUACCGACAAGUUAUGGGUAAUUUUUGGCUAUCAAAACCACGAUUACGUUUAUCUAUGGAAUACAUUUCCGAAGAGGAAAGGGAGUUGAGGAAAUCUCAACGACGCAUUCUCAAGGUUAUGCAAAGCAAUUGUAUGGAUCCCAGUGGAAGUUGUUUUGUUCGGAUAUGCGAUCAAGGUGUUGUAUAG